GUUGGGAGGGGCACAUUCGGUGUGUGCUUCUCCGCAUGGGACUCGAAACGCAACGUACUGGUGGCUAUGAAAGUAGUCCGAAGGGACGAGCGGUCGACUGAAGACGCACUGGUCGAAGCGAGCAAGCUCAAUAUCUUGGCUCGUCGGGAGGGGGCUAGUCGAUACUGUGUGCAACCCUACACUCACUUCCAUGCGUUCGGACAUCUGUGUAUUGUGACGGAACUACUGGGGGACAACUUGCAUCAUGCGCUACAGGAGUACCGCACCAACGGAGGACGUUCCCGUGGGGUCAGGAUGGAGAUCGCACGGAAGAUUGCAAAAGAUUUGUGUGAAGCUCUAGACUUUCUCAGCAAGGCAGGGCUGGUACAUGCUGAUCUCAAGACUGAGAAUGUGGUGAUGGCGAGACCGGGAAUGACGUUAGAUGAUCCUUCGCUGUCGGUGAAGUUGAUCGAUUUCGGAUGUGCGUCCUGGAAUGGUGGCCCUGCGGGUACAGUAGUUCAAACCUCGUACUACAGAGCGCCUGAGGUGUUGCUGGGGCUAGAAUGGUCAUACCCGUGUGACAUGUGGAGUGUCGGAUGCAUCGUGCUAGAAAUGUUUGAAGGGGAACGAACGUUCGAAACCAUUGAUCCAGCACAGCACCUGGCAAUGAUUCAACGGCUUUGCGGGAGAAUACCGUCGUACAUGCUUCAACGA